UCUCUCUCUCUAUAGUCAAAACACCUAAUCAUUUGUUAAAAGAAAUCUAAGUGAAGUUGUGGUUAAGAUCCAAUCUCUUCGAAAUCCGCUCAUACUCUCUCUCUCUCUCUCUCUCUCUCUCUCUCUCUCUCUCUCUCUUGCUCGCUCGCUCGCUCGCUCUCGCUCCCGGCCAUGGCCUCCGGGGAGAAAACAAUCUCGAAAGCAAUAAACAAUAUUCCCAUGCAGCCAAACGCACGUCGAAUCUCAUAACCCAUACAUCCAUCAAAAGUUCUUUCCCUUCAAACAAAUCAUAUCGCUGCACACACUGAAAGAAUAGAGCGAUCGAUGCUUGCACUCUCACCCCUACCAAACUCCGGCGCUGAAGACAGAGAAGGCAUCUGCGACGCCUUCCUCGGCGACGACUUCCUCGAAAACAUCGAUUUCAGCUGCAUCUUCGAAGGCUUCGACGUCGAUGGAGACCUCUUUCCCGCUGAGCUCCAACUCUCCGAACCUCAACGACGAUUCUCGGCAGGAGGAGAGGACCAAGAGAAGAGCUCUUCACAGGAGAGGGAGGAGAAGAAAGAUGAACUAACUUGUGCGAAGGCGACGGCAGUGAAACGCUCACAUGGGAAGAAGAAAGUGAAGGUGGAUUGGACGCCGGAUUUGCACCGGAGAUUUGUGCAGGCGGUGGAGCAGUUGGGACUGGACAAAGCUGUGCCUUCGAGGAUAUUGGAAAUUAUGGGAAUUCACAACCUUACAAGGCACAACGUUGCUAGCCAUCUACAAAAAUAUCGAACUCACCGCAAGCAUUUGCUUGCACGAGAGGCAGAGGCUGCAAGCUGGAGCCAGCGGAGGCUAAUAUACAACGCAAAGAACGUUAAAAAGAAAGAAAAUAAGCCAUGGAUUUCCCCAAGCAUAGGCUUCCCUCCUUCACAAUUCCGACCGUUGCAUGUAUGGGGCCAUCCGACCCUCGACGGACCACCAAUGGUUCAUCCAUGGCCGCCUCGGCCACCAAACUAUAUAGCCUAUUGGCAACCUCAUUACCAAAGAGGCGCAGCAGAAGGAUGGGGACCAAGUGCAGUCAUCUCAGCACCUCAUUUCAUGCCUCAUCCAUUGCCUGUAAUGAGAUUUGCACCACCACCAGUAGCAGGAGUUCCUCAACCAAUCUAUAGACCUCAGCAUUGGGUUUCUCCGUUGAAGACGCAGUCGAAUUUGCAGCCUGAACAUGCUCAUUAUCCAUCAAAGGAGAGCAUAGAUGCAGCUAUAGGAGAUGUUUUAGCAAAACCAUGGCUGCCUCUACCACUUGGGUUGAAGCCUCCCUCCACUGAGAGCGUGUUGGUAGAGCUGCAAAGGCAAGGGGUCUCCAAAGUGCCACCAGGCUGCAGUCCUGAAGUAAACUAAUUAAACCUUUAAUUUGGUACUGCUCUUUUCUUUAAGAAAAUAGCAGCAGAAAUCCGUCGACUUUUCAUGUAGAUAUUAUAUUUAUGUUUUUUUUUUUUCUUCAUUCUCGUAAUCUAUGUAUCCAUGAGUUGUAUUUUGAUGUUGAUGUGAUGUAUGGGAUCCUGCACAGAAUGAACGUAGCAAACAGUGAGAGUAAUGGAACAGUGGAGAAAACUAAGUUUCUGUAAUUCUGUAUUGAAAAA